UAUCACGCUAAAUUUGUUAUUAAUCAAUUUAAAAUUGGUUUAUUUAUAGUUUAUUAAAAUUGACUGCAAGUUGUUAAUUGGUUCUUUAUUGGAAUUAAUUAAUUUGCAUUCUUAGUAAUGAAAAAUUUCAAUUACCCUUGAUUUAGACUUUUCCUAGCAAAGUGGUUGUCCUUAAAUAGUUGAAAUAGUUUGAGGACUGCUGAACCAGUAAAAUAUAACAAUAAAUAAAGCGUUAUCACUGUUUAAGGGAUAUUUCGCGAUAAGAGCGUGCGUGGCACCUGUUAGUUGCGUUUUCCCAGUGCCGGGUUUAGGGAUGAUCAGGAACAUGAGGAGGAGUUUUUCGAGGAGUAAGAUGAGUGUUCGGAGGCAUUUUCACAGACUAGGCUCGAAAAGGCCCAAAAAACGCGACUACUCCGAAAUGGAAUACCAAAGCAAGGAUGUGAUUCUGCAAGACCGCAGAAAACGCAAACCUUGGCGGGCCCUCAUCUCCUACUGGAUUCUCGGACUCUGUAACAAUUACGGAUACGUUGUCAUGCUCACAGCGGCUAGUGAUAUCAUUGGAGAAUCUGAAGGCACAAAAAGCACUGAAAGAAACUGUACAUAUAUGUCUACAGGGGCCAUUUUACUAGCCGACAUUAUUCCAAGUUUGUUAGUUAAGUUACUAGCGCCUUUCCUACCUUUCUUCGUAAAUGUAAGGGUUGCCAUUUGUAUAUUUUGUUCCUCAGCCGGAUUUCUUUUAGUAGCAUUUAGCCAAAACAUUACAAUGUCUUUAUUAGGAGUUGUUACGACUUCUUUCUGUUCAGGACUUGGGGAAGUCACCUAUCUCCAAUACAGUUCGUUCUAUGACAAAAAUGUUGUCUCAACUUGGAGUUCAGGCACCGGUGGUGCUGGCGUUAUCGGUGCUGUCUCAUACUCCCUUUUACAACAAUUAGGCCUCAAAACCACUCUAUUAGUGAUGUUAUUAGUUCCAGGAAUGAUGGCUGUGACGUUUUAUAUAAUUUUGCCAAGCCCCGAAGUGAUGGACGAAAACGACAUCCAAGCCGAUGUAAACGAUGAAGAAAUAAAAAAUCCCAAAGAAGCAUUCAGGAAAAAACUCAAACAAGUUCCUUCGCUUUUCAAAUACAUGAUUCCGUUCGGUUUAGUCUACUUUUUAGAGUAUUACAUAAAUCAAGGAACUUUCGAGUUAGUUAAUUUCGAAAAUACGGUUUUGGACCCUGAUGAUCAGUACCGAUGGCUUCAGGUCGCUUAUCAAAUCGGGGUGUUUGCAUCCCGGUCUUCGGUUAAUUUCUUCCAUAUUAAACAUAUAUGGAUCAUGUCGGUAUUACAGGCUGUUAAUGUAGUGAUUUUCACUACCGAAGUUAUAUGUUAUUAUAUGCCAAGUUUUUGGAUCAUAUUGGCCCUAACGUUGUGGGAGGGUCUAUUAGGAGGUGCUGCAUACGUGAACACUUUCUAUAGGAUCUCGACUGAGGUCCGUGAAGAGAAUAAGCAGUUUUCGAUGGCAAUCACCAGUUUUGCCGACAGUAUUGGGAUUACUUUGGCUGGAAUCGUAUCGAUUUAUGUCCACAAUGCUAUCUGUGCCCUUCCCAUGCCUCAACGCUAAUUUAUUAAAAGUAUUACAAGGUUUUAAUAAAUGGUUCAUUUGAUUUGGCAAAUUUUAUUGGCACAUCGAGAAAUCACAAAAAUUUUAAUGGAGUAUUAUAACAUCCGUUUCAAACCUAUACAGACAAUGUCAUAGGUUUGAAACCUUGAUUAGUGUGACUAAUCACUCAGACUUAUAAAAACUUAAUCAAAUGAACACUUAAUAGGAACAUGACAGUACAAAAAUAUUGCCACAAGUAUUUCAACAAAUAUAUCACAAAUUCGCAAAAAAUUAAUCCAAAAUAAUCGUUGAUCGUUAGGCCUUAAAUACUGUAAAUUUUAUCACACCAAAAUAAAAAUAAUACUGAAUAAAGUAAAUACGA